AUGGGCCAAAUGAUCUCUGGCCUCGUGAAUAGUCUGCAAAACGAGGAGGAGAAGCAAAAGUUGGCUGACGAUGCACCCAACAUGAUGAUGGAGGUUGGAAAACGACAAGUCGAAGCGUUCAAACUGAAGAUCACAAACGGUAAUGUCGACACCAAGCAUAUACCUAUUGGUCAGAUUCUCUACGACGACUGGCAAGUCCGCUGCUCGAUUAGCAAAAACCCUGACGAUAUUGGCGCAAUCAUCAAAGAUUCGUAUUCUGCGUUUGCUAAAGGCGACAUGGCGGAUGGCAUUGGUGCUGUCGUCAACUCGGGCAUGGGUCUUCUUUUGGGUUCUUUCGAGGGCACUGUCGCUGUUGUCAUCUCCUCGGUGGAUCCAAAGACUGUCACCGACUCCUCGAUCCGGGUUCUAGUACAAAAUCAGUUUGGUACCUUGGGAAAAGACAAAGAGGAUGAGAUCCUCAAGAUCCUGCUUGACGCCAAGAAGGCUGCACUUUCUGGACCGGCUGUCUGA